UGCAGAAAGCUCUGCUCUGACUUUUUGUUUACACCCCGUGCCUGGCGUGACACAAACCCUUCGCCCUGCGGACAGAGUGCAGAGAGGUAAAUAACAAGAAGGACCUAACGAGUCCUUAUAGUUACGGCCAGAUCCCCUCAGGACCCCCAGUACAACCCCCUGCGGAGCCGACAGAGUAACCGAGAGCAGAGUUUGUGCCCGAGGACACCCCCAAACACACCAGCACUUCCACAAGGGAGAGCACGAGGAAGGUCCUUGCCACUGUCAAAGGAAGAGAGCAGGGCCCGAUCCUGCUGCCAUUGCAGUGGGUGGGAACAUCAAACCCCUCCCCCUGCCUCGGCUCCUCUCUUCCUUUGCCUAAAGUUCGUCUUUGCUCCGCUGUAAAACUUUGCUUUCAAACAGCCGAUGUGAGGAGUCUGCUCGCACCGAUUCCUUCCGUCUGCUCCGUCCCCCCCCCCGCCUCCCCCACGCGCUCCUCUCCCAUCUCUCUGAAUUAGAUGCUUUGCCUGGGUUCCCCCCACCCCCCCUCCUAUUGAUAAACUACCAGUGGAUGUCGUUGUUCUGUUCCUUGUGCGAGCGGAAUGUCACUCCUUUAAGAUGACCUCAAACUCAGCAGAAGCUGGGAACGUCAUUCAGGCUCUCUGCAAGGCGCGGAGAGGGAGGCAGGGAAGGACAGAGCCCCGCCACUAGGGUGUUUGGGGUGGGUUUUUUUUCUUUUUGCUCUGAGGAUGGGAAUGCUCUGGGCUCUUUGAACCACACACCGUUUAGCAUCCAGCGCUUCCACUCCGCAAGCCAGGAGCGCUCGGCUGAGCUUGAAGACGGGCUGUGCCACCUUCCCCGGGAGCUCCAGAAACUUUACUCUUGCGCCUCAGGAGGAAAACCAAGCGAGCGAAGAAGGCUCCCCGGAGGAGGCGCCCGCAGGAUGCCCGGGAAGUGCUGGCGGGUUCUGGUCACGCUGGUGUCGCUGUGGUGCCUGGCGGGCGGCGCGCGCGGCGGCUACGGCAUGAGCAUGUUCGCGGUGCAGACGGCGCAGCCGGACCCGUGCUACGACGAGAACGGCCACCCGCGGCGGUGCAUCCCGGACUUCGUCAACUCCGCCUUCGGCAAGGAGGUGAAGGUGUCCAGCACCUGCGGCCGGCCGCCGGCCCGCUACUGCGUGGUGAGCGAGAAGGGCGAGGAGCGCGUGCGGAGCUGCCACCUCUGCAACGCCUCGGAGCCGCGGCGGGCCCACCCGCCCGCCUUCCUCACCGACCUCAACAACCCGCACAACCUGACGUGCUGGCAGUCGGAGAACUUCGUGCAGCACCCGCACAACGUCACGCUCACCCUCUCGCUGGGCAAGAAGUUCGAGGUGACCUACGUGAGCCUGCAGUUCUGCUCGCCGCGCCCCGAGUCCAUGGCCAUCUACAAGUCCAUGGACUACGGCCGCAGCUGGGUGCCCUUCCAGUUCUACUCGGCCCAGUGCCGCAAGAUGUACGCCAAGCCCAGCCGCGCCGCCAUCACCAAGCAGAACGAGCAGGAGGCCAUCUGCACCGACUCCCACACCGACAUGCGGCCGCUGGCCGGCGGCCUCAUCGCCUUCAGCACCCUGGACGGCCGCCCCUCGGCCCACGACUUCGACAACUCGCCCGUGCUGCAGGACUGGGUCACGGCCACCGACAUCAAGGUGGCCUUCAGCCGCCUCCACACCUUCGGCGACGAGAACGAGGACGACUCCGAGCUGGCCCGCGACUCCUACUUCUACGCCGUCUCCGACCUGCAGGUGGGCGGCCGCUGCAAGUGCAACGGCCACGCGUCGCGCUGCGUCCGCGACCGCGACGACAACCUGGUCUGCGACUGCAAGCACAACACGGCGGGGCCCGAGUGCGACCGCUGCAAGCCCUUCCACUACGACCGGCCCUGGCAGCGGGCCACGGCCCGCGAGGCCAACGAGUGCGUGGCUUGUAACUGCAACCUUCAUGCCCGGAGAUGCCGCUUUAACAUGGAGCUCUACAAGCUUUCAGGCCGCAAGAGCGGAGGGGUCUGCCUUAACUGCCGGCACAACACGGCGGGCCGCCAUUGCCACUACUGCAAAGAGGGCUACUACCGGGACAUGACCAAGCCGAUCACCCACAGGAAAGCAUGCAAAGCAUGCGAUUGCCAUCCCGUGGGUGCAGCUGGCAAAACCUGUAAUCAAACCACAGGUCAAUGUCCCUGUAAAGAUGGUGUGACUGGCAUCACGUGCAAUCGAUGUGCCAAAGGCUACCAGCAAAGCCGAUCUCCCAUUGCCCCUUGCAUAAAGAUUCCUGUUGCUCCACCCACCACUGCGGCCAGCAGCACAGAAGAACCUGCAGAUUGUGACUCAUACUGCAAGGCGUCCAAGGGGAAGCUGAAGAUUAACAUGAAGAAAUACUGCAAGAAAGACUAUGCUGUGCAGAUCCACAUCCUGAAGGCCGACAAAGCUGGCGACUGGUGGAAGUUCACCGUCAACAUCAUCUCUGUGUACAAACAAGGGACCAACCGGAUACGGCGUGGAGACCAGAUCCUGUGGAUCCGCUCCAAGGACAUAGCAUGCAAGUGCCCGAAAAUCAAGCCCAUGAAGAAGUACUUGCUGCUGGGCAAUGACGAAGACUCGCCGGACCAGAAUGGGAUCGUAGCAGACAAGAGCAGCUUGGUGAUACAGUGGAGGGACACAUGGGCUCGGCGGCUCAGGAAGUUCCAGCAACGGGAGAAGAAGGGGAAGUGUAAGAAAGCCUAAAGGAAGAGGCAGCAGCGGAGCGCGAGAGAAAGAGAGACUGUGCAUGCUGCUUUGUGUAGAACCUGGAGCAGAUAGGGAUUGGGAUUAGGGAUUUUGUGAAGGAACUCACUUUGCAGUUUGUGUGUGU